AUGGUCAAGAUAGACAUGUUUGGCAGGGGACUUCCCCUUCGCAUGGCUAUAAUGGCUGCUUGCCAAAUUGCCUUCAUCUUGUUCGGUUACGACCAAGGUGUUUUCUCUGGAAUAGUUGGAAACGAGAACUUCCUCGACACCAUGGGCAAUCCCAGCGCAAUCAUCCUGGGGAUCAUUGUAUCCAUCUACACCUUGGGAGCAUUCACGGGAACCAUCGUGUCCUUCUGGACUUCCGAGCCCCUCGGUCCACGAAAGUCGUUGUGGUUAUCCCAGGUCAUCAUCAUUGCCGGAGCAACAAUGCAGGCUUGUGCAUAUUCGCGGGCGCAGAUGCUGGUUGCACGCUUCUUUACGGGCAUUGGCACCGGGAUCGAGACCUGCACUGUUCCUGUCUACCAAUCUGAGCUCUGUGAGGCCAAGAAGCGAGGCAAAUACGUCUGCAGCGAGCCUUGCUAUGUAGCUUUGGGAAUUGUUAUCGCCUACUGGUUUGACUUUGGCAUCAGCUACGUCCACGGGUCAGUCAGCUGGCGCAUACCUAUAGCGUGUCAGAUCUUCUUCGCCUUGCUAGUUAUCGUGAUUGUUUUCGGACUGCCAGAGAGUCCUCGAUAUCUAUAUAAAAGGGGCCGGAAUGAAGAGGCCUUGCAAGUGCUAUGCGACGUCUACGACCAAGGACCCAAUGAUGAGAAAGUGGCCCGAGAGUCCCAAGACAUUCUCGAGGUCAUCGAGCUUGAAACUUUGCACGGCCAGUACAAGUGGUCACAAAUCCUGAGGCGAGACGAGGUGCAGACCGGCCGACGUAUCCUCCUGGCCUACGGCAUGCAAUUCAUGAAUCAAAUGGGAGGCAUCAAUCUGGUCGUGUACUACGUGACUUCAGUGUUCCAAUAUAAUGUCGGCCUCGACCGAGAGCUUAGCUUGCUCCUGGGAGGAGUGAUUCAGAUUGCUUUCUUGCUCGGCUCUCUAUACCCGACAUUCUACAGCGAUAGGUUUGGCCGGCGCCAACCGAUGAUCUGGGGAUCCUUCGGUUUGUUCAUUUGCAUGAUGAUGAUUGCCAUACUGCUGUCCUUCCAAGGCACUUCUCACGAGAAGCCUACCUCGGAAGCAGCCGUUGCCUUCUUCUUUCUGUUCAUGGUCAUCGAUGGGGCUUCUCUGAACUGCGUGCCUUGGGUAUACGGCCCGGAGAUUCUUCCCUUGCAUGUUCGCGUCAGAGGGCAGGCAAUCGGCAUUUCAGCGAACUGGUUCUGGAAUUUCAUUGUGGUGAUGAUCACACCCACUCUCAUCUCGAACCUGGCAUGGAAAGGUUACCUUAUUUUCAUGUGCCUGAACUUCGCCUUUGUGCCUCUUGUGUACUUCUGUUACCCGGAGACUGCCAACUUGACACUCGAGGAAAUUGAUUUCCUGUUCACGGAUAGAACGAGACAAUCAUUGCGAGAGGAACACUCGUCUGACGUCGGACAAGGAGAUGGGCAGCCACAUCCUUGUGAAGUUCACGAAGUAGCCGCAAAGUUAGGCCCAUGA